AUGCCUGGGAAGAGGGGCUGGGGCUGGUGGUGGGCCCAGCUGCCCCUUUGCCUGCUCCUCAGCCUUUCUGGGCCCUGGGUGCCCUCCUCCCUGGGGAAGCCCAAAGGCCACCCUCACAUGAAUUCCAUCCGCAUAGACGGGGACAUCACUCUGGGAGGCCUGUUCCCAGUGCACGGUCGGGGCUCGGAGGGCAAGGCCUGUGGAGAACUCAAGAAGGAGAAGGGCAUCCACCGGCUGGAGGCCAUGCUGUUUGCUCUGGACCGCAUCAACAAUGACCCGGACCUGCUGCCCAACAUCACGCUGGGCGCCCGCAUUCUGGACACCUGCUCCAGGGACACCCAUGCCCUGGAGCAGUCGCUGACCUUUGUGCAGGCGCUCAUCGAGAAGGAUGGCACAGAGGUCCGCUGUGGCAGUGGUGGCCCGCCCAUCAUCACCAAACCUGAGCGCGUGGUGGGCGUCAUUGGUGCUUCCGGGAGUUCCGUCUCCAUCAUGGUGGCCAACAUCCUUCGCCUCUUCAAGAUCCCCCAGAUCAGCUACGCCUCCACAGCUCCCGACCUGAGUGACAACAGCCGCUAUGACUUCUUCUCCCGCGUGGUCCCCUCGGACACGUACCAGGCCCAGGCCAUGGUGGACAUCGUGCGCGCCCUCAAGUGGAACUACGUGUCCACGCUGGCCUCGGAGGGCAGCUACGGCGAGAGCGGCGUGGAGGCCUUCAUGCAGAAGUCCCGAGAGGACGGGGGCGUGUGCAUCGCCCAGUCCGUCAAGAUACCUCGGGAGCCCAAGCCUGGGGAGUUCGACAAGAUCAUCCGGCGGCUCCUGGAGACAUCGAACGCCAGGGCGGUCAUCAUCUUCGCCAACGAGGAUGACAUCAGGCGUGUGCUGGAGGCGGCACGGAAGGCCAACCAGACUGGCCACUUCUUCUGGAUGGGCUCAGACAGCUGGGGCUCCAAGAUCGCCCCUGUGCUGCACCUGGAGGAGGUGGCCGAGGGUGCCGUCACCAUCCUCCCCAAGAGGAUGUCCGUGCGAGGCUUCGACCGCUACUUCUCCAGCCGCACGCUGGACAACAACCGGCGCAACAUAUGGUUUGCCGAGUUCUGGGAGGACAACUUCCACUGCAAGCUCAGCCGCCAUGCGCUCAAGAAGGGUAGCCACGUCAAGAAGUGCACCAACCGGGAGCGCAUCGGGCAGGACUCGGCGUAUGAGCAGGAGGGGAAGGUGCAGUUUGUGAUCGACGCUGUGUACGCCAUGGGCCAUGCGCUGCACGCCAUGCACCGGGACCUGUGUCCGGGCCGCGUGGGGCUCUGCCCGCGCAUGGACCCUGUGGACGGCACCCAGCUGCUCAAGUACAUCCGCAAUGUCAAUUUCUCAGGCAUUGCGGGGAACCCUGUGACUUUCAAUGAGAAUGGAGAUGCACCUGGGCGCUAUGACAUCUACCAGUACCAGCUGCGUAACGGCUCUGCCGAGUACAAGGUCAUCGGCUCUUGGACGGACCACCUGCACCUCCGGAUAGAGCGGAUGCUCUGGCCGGGGAGUGGCCAGCAGCUGCCCCGCUCGGUCUGCAGCCUGCCCUGCCAGCCAGGCGAGCGGAAGAAGACGGUGAAGGGCAUGCCCUGCUGCUGGCACUGCGAGCCCUGCACGGGGUACCAGUACCAGGCGGACCGCUACACCUGCAAGACCUGUCCCUAUGACAUGCGGCCCACGGAGAACCGCACGGGCUGCCGGCCCAUCCCCAUCAUCAAGCUUGAGUGGGGCUCGCCCUGGGCCGUGCUGCCCCUCUCCCUGGCCGUGGCAGGCAUCGCAGCCACGCUGUUCGUGGUGGUCACCUUCGUGCGCUACAACGACACGCCCAUCGUCAAGGCCUCGGGCCGCGAGCUGAGCUACGUGCUGCUGGCGGGCAUCUUCCUGUGUUACGCCACCACCUUCCUCAUGGUCGCUGAGCCCGACCUGGGCACCUGCUCUCUGCGCCGGGUCUUCCUGGGGCUCGGCAUGAGCGUCAGCUACGCGGCCCUGCUCACCAAGACCAACCGCAUCUACCGCAUCUUCGAGCAAGGCAAGCGGUCGGUCAGCGCCCCGCGCUUCAUCAGCCCCGCCUCGCAGCUGGCCAUCACCUUCAGCCUCAUCUCCCUGCAGCUGCUGGGCAUCUGUGUGUGGUUCGUGGUGGACCCGUCCCACUCGGUGGUGGACUUCCAGGACCAGCGGACACUGGACCCCCGCUUUGCCCGGGGGGUGCUCAAGUGCGACAUCUCAGACCUGUCGCUCAUCUGCCUGCUGGGCUACAGCAUGCUGCUGAUGGUCACGUGCACCGUGUACGCCAUCAAGACGCGCGGCGUGCCCGAGACCUUCAACGAGGCCAAGCCCAUCGGUUUCACCAUGUACACCACCUGCAUCGUCUGGCUCGCCUUCAUCCCCAUCUUCUUCGGCACCUCGCAGUCGGCUGACAAGCUGUACAUCCAGACAACGACGCUGACGGUCUCGGUGAGUCUGAGCGCCUCGGUGUCCCUGGGGAUGCUCUACAUGCCCAAGGUCUACAUCAUCCUCUUCCACCCGGAGCAGAACGUGCCCAAGCGCAAGCGCAGUCUCAAAGCCGUCGUCACCGCCGCCACCAUGUCUAACAAGUUCACGCAGAAAGGCAGCUUCCGGCCCAACGGCGAGGCCAAGUCGGAGCUCUGCGAGAACCUGGAAGCCCCGGCGCUGGUCACCAAACAGACCUACGUCACCUACACCAACCAUGCCAUCUAG